UAAAAAGAGAAGUCGUCUCAAACAAAAAGGGACAAAAUCAAAAGCUGCAAAUAUUGACAUCACAUCAAAAUACAGAAAAGGAAAAUUCAGUAUAUAACAAAUCCAUGGAAAUGGACUACACAAGACAACCCAUUUCAGCUGGAUAGAGUAUCUGUAUCUUGUUUUGCGCUAGAGUGGGCAUAAUUCUGCAAGAUUAGCUUAUUGCUGGAUGUGUGAUCUAUGUUCAAUGAUGAGGAGCCAGUUCCCUUCAAAAAGAUGAAUGAUUUUUCCACGGUUGAUGGUUUCGUGGAAAUAUCUGAAGAUUUGGCAGACAUGAUUAAAUUUGUGGCAAACGAACCCUCUGUGGGGCUUUUCUAUAUUCAGCAGCACACCCAGAACGCAGCGCCAAACGUUAUCAAUCUUAAGAAUAAUGUUGUUGAAAAAUCCCAUGAGACAACCUUGCACACAGAAGAUCUUGAGGAUUCUAUUACAAUGGUGAGAUCAAUGAAAGAAUGCGGCUUACCAAUUGCUGAUGAAAUGAUUGGAGAAAUUAAGAGAUCCCUUUCCGUCAUAUCCUCAACACAACCAAAAAGAGGAUUAAUAUAUAACUCCAGAACAGGCUUUCUUGGACGAACGAGCUCCUGGUCCCCAGCCACAUGGGGUCGUAAUGCAGUUCAUUCACGGCAGGAUAAUGAUAAGAGUACUGGUUACCUAUCCAGUGUUUUGAAAUCAGCAAAGCAAACAGCUAACAGUUUCAAGUGGCCUGAAGUAGAACCAAGAGAAGCAUAUCAAUCAAAAGGCGAGAACGUUUCCUCUGAUCAUGCUCCUCCAUUCCUGAGUGCAAUUGGUGGUCCUACUCCACCUACACCAGAGGCAGAGACAGAAGAUUUGCCAUUGUCAAGUGAAGUGGGAAGAGAACUCCAAGAAGAAUCCCAACUUAGUAAAAGUAUGUCUCAUCAACAAUUUUUCUCCCUAUACGAGAACUACGAUGAGUUUAAGGCUGAUCAAGAAGCAAAACUGGAAGAAUGGUUAGGAGAGACAGGCAACGACAAGGAUCGUGCAGGAAAAAAUAUUGCCAGAUGAGCUUCAACUCGACUGGACCUGGUUCCAUGAUAACCAAUUUUCUGUAAAUGACACGUGAACCUUUGUAUCAUGAGAAAGAGAGGAUUGGAAAGAGAAGUGUUUACUUAGUCCAUAAUUCCUUUUUUUUUUCCGGUUGCCAUAAUUACUUCAAUCUUGGUGUAUGUACCUUCUAAUAAAGAUCUGCAGUUGGUUUGUGGCGUUAUCUCAA